CUGAUUUUGAGUUCAUUGUUUUUAUUGUUGUUGACUUUUCAGUUUGAUUAUAUGUUAUUCCUGGCCCUGUUCAGCUACGUUGUUCUCGUUCGUCAAGACAAAAUUCCUUCCAUCGCCGAAAUUGUGGUUAUCAUCUUCGUUUGUACUUUGUGCGCUGAGGAAAUCAGACAGGUAACACAAUCUUGUAUAUAACGACCUCUAGCCUAGCUGGUGACUCUUUGACAGUUAAAAAAGAGAUCACUUAUGUACUACAUACAUUGAACUUCACCUGCUUUGAGAAGAGAGUAUAAUUUUGCUGAUUUUAGUGCCCCGCGUUCGGUACUCGUUGGGCGCUGACAGAUUUUAACACACACUUUUUUAAAUUAAAGUACCGAGUGCUAGGGAUCGAUGGAUGAAUGGACGGAUAGGUACUUUAUUGGUAUGGACAUCGCAGCCAGAGGCUGCACUACGUAUAUACAUACAAACGACAAAAACUACUAAAUUAUAGAGAACGCAUAAAUUACAAUCGAUUUAAGAAAUUCAAAAGCUUUAACUACAAAGGAUAUCUAAAUAUACAAAAAAUUUAUAAACCACGAACAAAGUUUUAUUUUAAAAGAACUGGUGGCUAUUAGAAUGAGUUCACCCGAAGGCAUUGGAAAUUAAUAAAACAACUCUUGGCCCUACAAGUUUUAGACUUGACACCAAGUCCUGGCAUGUCUGAAGGGGUUUGACCGUGUAUAUUGAGUAAAACUGCGGAACAAUGCAGUUUGCGAUUUAUAUGAAAGAUUACUCUUUUUAACUCGUGGGGACACGCGAGCGUACCACGAGUUAUUGCAGGGACAAGGAUAUGCAAAUUAGUCACUCGCACACUCGUAGUAGACGGACAUUGGGUCGAGGCUAGUCCGAAUUCUUAUGAGAACGUGCUCGUUCGCUGCUCAGACUCAGAGUUUUCUUUGUGGCAAAUUUUCUACACCACGGUUAGAGGUCUUACCAAAUUUAAGACACGCAGGAGUCUUUCAGAUGAGUACGAUGGUUAACUUCGGGAUUGGGUUGACGAGAAGAUGAGCAUUUGCUCUUCGACUCCGCAAGAUCACUGGGGAUAUACAAAUUCCAGCUUGCUGGAAAGUGAUCUUAAAAUGAGAAAAUAUCAUGUCAUGCUAUUCUUAAGAACCUGCAUGAGCCGGAAAUGGAUGUGACUUUGACCAUUAGCUUCAAAAUAACAGAGGAAAUCGGGGUAAGAAAACAUAUGUUUUGCGUCGUACUUCGCAGACGAGGUGUAUCGGCUCAGUAAAGCAUACAAUGUAUGUUCUUUCGUUCAUUCAUUGCCUUCAAAUGCGUUUACACAGGCAUUAAAUAAAAUACUUUUCACCAGAAUGACACAAUCAGUUUUAGUGGUGUAGCGGUUAGGUAAAGUCGCAACGAGGCGAAGGUGCCGGGUUCGAGUCCUGCUCAUGACCUUUCUUUCUUUCUUCCUUCCUUCUUUCUUUUUUUUCCCCGUUUUUGUUUUCUGGUUUUUCUAUAAAUAUAUACCUUAAUACAUAACUGUUAUUUAAUAAAGUGCAAUAAACAGUAAGAAAAGUAUUGUGUUUCCAGAGAAAAGAUAGUAUAUUAAAUAUAUGGAUAAACAAUCUGAACUUCUAUCAUUUCUCACAAUUUACUGUGGGAAAACCAGAGUUGUUAACCAUUUGAUUAUUUUCCAAACAACUUUCCCACGAGUUGACGAUAGUCUUUCUUUGAUUUUGGUAGAUUCUUCACUCCGAAUCACCAACACUGAAAAACAAAUUCAAAACUUGGGCCUCCAGUUACUGGAACCGUCUCGACGGCCUCGCAGUGGUAUCGUUUUUCAUUGGCCUUGGACUAAGACUAUAUCCACCAACGCGUGAUGCAGGUCAUGUGGUUUACUGCUUUGAUGUGGCUAUGUGGAUUAUGCGUUUGAUGCACUUUUUUUAUGUUAGCAAACACAUGGGACCUUACGUGGUGAUGAUUGGCAGGAUGGUAAGGGACGACAGUUAUUGA